AUGGCGGGUAUCUUUCGGACGAUCUAUGACUGGCUCCUGAGGAUGUUCUGGGCGACGGAGAUGGAUGUCACGAUGAUCGGACUGCAGAAUGCGGGGAAAUCGUCGCUGUUGCGAGUGCUUGCGGGGGGAGAGUUCACUGUAGACUCGAUUCCAACGAUCGGAUUCAACACGAAACGAGUUCAGAAAGGCCAUGUGACUCUAAAGUGCUGGGAUCUUGGAGGCCAGCCGCGGUUUCGACCAAUGUGGGAGCGAUACUGCCGAGGCGUAAAUGCGAUUGUGUAUAUAGUGGAUGCGGCAGAUCGUGCCGCCCUGCCAGUCGCCACAGAAGAGCUUCACGAGCUGAUGGACAAACCUUCGCUUGAGGGCAUCCCUCUGUUGGUUCUGGGAAACAAGUCCGACCUUCCGGACAAACUGUCGGUUGACGAACUCAUAGACGCGAUGGAUCUCAAGUCCAUCACGCGCCGUGAGGUGAGCUGCUAUGGGAUCAGUGCCAAGGAGGAGACAAACCUCGACGCUGUCUUGCACUGGUUGAUCGCCAGAGCAAGCAGAUGA